CCUUUUCCUUAACAACAACCCUGUCGCAAAUUACAAAUUACACUUCACGGGGAAAUUGAACACAGGCUUUUUUAUCCUGAUGUAUCAUACAUAAACGGUGUAAAGGAACUACUGUAACACUGGUUACACUCAAUUUUUAACCAAACUUACUGAACAGUUAAUGAAAUUACUAUACUAUAAAAUGUGAAAAUAAUAAACCUGAUUGAUGCCAUGGAUCAGAUGAAAUUUGAUGUAAUGAGAAUGAGAAGAAUUGCUACUGUGUGAGAAAAAAAAGGUUAUGUCUUUUCGCUUCUACAAAAAAAAUAUUCGCGCAAAUAAAAAAAAAAUUGGGGUGUGUGUUGUUUUAAAAUAAGGUCAGAGCACGGUCGGUAUAUGUACAGUAUUUUAUGUAACACGAAGAGAUAUUGAAGUUUGGUGUGUGUUUGUCUGUAUCAUUUUAUCCCAUGGAAUAUGGGGGAGAAAGUGUGCUGUGUGCGAUAUCAAAGAAUCUGCGUAGUGUUCCCUCCAAAGUUGAAUGCUUUAUAAUAUGUACCAUCAGAUAAGGAUAUCUUGCGAUGGUAUUUAGUGGGUUGUGAAUUUUCAUAAAAUGGAACAUAAAUCUGACUCUAGUCUUGGAUAUUAUGAUAAUCUAGCUACAGAAGCAUGACACAAAAGUUAUAACAUGUAUCCGGGCUCUCAUUCAUUGCAUUAAACUAAUGCAGUACACCAUUCUACCUACAAUAUGAACAUGGACACACAACUGAUUUAAGUAAUAAAAAUUUAAAGUAAAAACCUAAAAUAAAAAUCACUAAAAUCGAUGAAGAAAAUUUACUAGUAAAAAAAAUAAGAAGAAGCAAAACCUGCACACAUAGAAAUGGAAUAAAUUACAAAAGUUAACAUAUAAAAUACCUUAUUGCCAAGAUAAAAAAACGUUAAAGAAUUUUUAUUAAAUAUAUAUUUUUAAUCAAAGUUUUAUGUAGCCAAUAAAUCUUAGAAUAUGUAAACCAAGAUGUCUAAAAGAAAUUAGAAAAUUUAUAAAAUAAAUAAAAAAAAAUUGAAAAAAUAAAGGUGUUGCUGUCUAGAAUCACGGUGUAUAGAUGAAUAAAAUGGAAAUUGGUCAAAAUCAUUAUUAAAUAAUAAUAAAGAAAAACUCAAUGCGCUUAAACUUUAAAUUAAAUAAAUUAAAAACUAGGCUUAAAAUGAUAAAAUCUUGACUAAUAAAAACGGAAUUAAAUUCAAUCCUAAAAAACCAUGAAAAUAAUAUUUAUAAAAUAAACCUAAGCCAUUAAACUUUCUCAAUAAAUUAGCAUAAUAAAAAUCAAUUUAAAUCUAAAACAAGAACAUAACUAACAAAACCCCAUUAAAUAUUAACAAAAGAAAAAAAAAGCACAAAAAUGGCAUUCAUUAUGUUAGCAAGACUGUUCAUACUUCUUCAAUUACAAAUGGUCGCACUCGAAAAAGGUUCAUCCGCGGACAAUCCGGCGUAUUAUAAUAUUGGUGGGGUGUUAACCACAAACGCCAGUCUGGAGCACUUUUCAACAACAAUAGCGCAUCUAAAUUUCGAUCAACAAUACGUUAAUAAGGGCAUCACAUAUUAUGAUCAAACGAUUCGAAUGGACGCUAAUCCUAUAAAAACAGCCCUAAAUGUGUGCAAACAAUUGAUAUCGAAGAGGGUAUACGCGGUGGUGGUGUCUCAUGACCAGUCUGGUGAUUUAUCACCAGCAGCUGUUAGCUAUACGAGUGGAUUCUAUCAAAUACCGGUUAUCGGUAUAUCAUCCCGUGAUGCUGCGUUUUCCGAUAAGAAUAUACAUGUGUCCUUUCUACGAACCGUACCGCCGUACUAUCAUCAAGCGGACGUGUGGUUGGAGAUGUUGAGUCAUUUCAGCUAUACAAAGGUCAUCAUCAUACACAGUUCAGAUACCGAUGGUCGGGCGGUGCUGGGCCGAUUUCAAACCACAUCGCAAACUAAUUACGAUGAUGUGGAUGUGCGUGCUACCGUCGAAUCGAUUGUGGAAUUCGAACCAAAGUUGGACUCGUUUAUGGAUCAUUUAGCUGAAAUGAAAACGGCCCAGUCCAGGGUCUAUUUGCUGUAUGCGAGCAAGGAUGAUGCUUUUACAAUAUUCCGCGAUGCAGCAGCUGUAAAUAUGACGGAAGCAGGCCAUGUUUGGAUUGUAACUGAACAAGCAUUAAGUGCAAAUAAUACACCGGAUGGUGUGCUUGGCUUGCAGCUCGUACAUGCGAAUAGCGAGAAGGAACAUAUCCGGGAUAGCGUCUAUGUUUUGGCAUCCGCCAUCAAGGAAAUGAUUACAAAUGAGACAAUUACGGAAGCGCCAAAAGAUUGCGAUGAUUCGGGCGCUAUCUGGGAAUCAGGUCGACGAAUUUUUCAUUAUUUGAAAAGCAGAAAUAUACGUGGUCAAACUGGCCAAGUUGCAUUCGACGACAAUGGUGACCGUAUGUAUGCUGAGUACGACGUAAUCAAUGUACGUGACCAUCAAGUUAAGAAAAUUGUUGGCAGUUUUCAUUAUGAAGCGGAACGGCAGAAAAUGAGCCUCAAAAUAAACAACAGCCAGAUAUUGUGGCCGGGAAAGCAGACAAAAAUGCCCGAUGGUAUAAUCAUACCGACACAUCUGAAAGUGUUAACAGUGGAAGAGAAACCGUUUGUGUAUGUUCGACGAUUAUCCGAGGAUUCUAUAGCUAAGUGUGAUGACGAGGAGAUUGAGUGUCCUCUAUUUAAUGCAACGCAAGGAAGUGCCAAUGAAUACUGUUGUAAGGGAUACUGCAUAGAUCUGUUACGUGAACUAGCUGCACGAGUCAAUUUCACCUACGACAUCGCUUUAUCGCCAGACGGACAAUUCGGUCAUUAUAUACUGAAGAAUCAAACGUCCGGUGGAAUUAUAACUGGUGUUAAGAAGGAGUGGACCGGUUUGAUUGGCGAAGUUGUUAAUGAGCGUGCCGAUCUUAUUGUGGCCCCAUUAACAAUAAACCCAGAACGUGCGGAAUUUAUCGAAUUUUCGAAGCCAUUCAAAUAUCAAGGAAUCACAAUACUGGAAAAGAAACCGUCACGAUCGAGUACGUUGGUGUCUUUCUUGCAGCCUUUUAGCAACACCCUCUGGAUAUUGGUGAUGGUUUCAGUGCAUGUAGUCGCACUGGUGCUGUAUUUAUUAGAUAGAUUUUCACCAUUCGGUAGAUUUAAAUUGACCACAAACGACAGUACCGAAGAGGAUGCCUUAAAUCUAAGUUCAGCUAUUUGGUUCGCGUGGGGCGUUCUGCUGAAUAGCGGCAUUGGUGAAGGUACUCCGAGAAGUUUUUCGGCUAGAGUCUUGGGAAUGGUGUGGGCAGGCUUUGCAAUGAUAAUUGUUGCAUCGUACACUGCCAAUCUCGCUGCUUUUCUCGUGUUGGAGAGACCGAAAACUAAAUUAAGCGGAAUCAACGACGCUCGACUGAGGAACACAAUGGAGAAUUUAACGUGUGCCACCGUUAAGGGAUCGGCUGUGGAUAUGUACUUUCGUCGGCAGGUGGAAUUGUCGAAUAUGUAUCGAACGAUGGAGGCUAAUAAUUAUGAUACAGCUGAACAGGCUAUUCAAGAUGUCAAAAAUGGCAAACUGAUGGCCUUCAUUUGGGACUCGUCACGUUUGGAAUAUGAAGCUGCAAAAGACUGUGAACUAGUAACAGCAGGUGAAUUGUUUGGUAGAAGCGGCUAUGGUAUAGGGUUGCAAAAAGGUUCGCCAUGGACAGACGCGGUGACAUUGGCAAUAUUAGAUUUUCAUGAAAGUGGUUUCAUGGAAUCGUUAGAUAAACUAUGGAUUCUACAUGGGAACGUUCAGCAGUGCGAACAAUUCGAAAAGACGCCAAACACUCUGGGAUUGAAAAAUAUGGCCGGUGUGUUCAUAUUAGUCGGUGCAGGAAUUAUUGGAGGAAUUUGUCUAAUUAUCAUAGAAGUGGUCUACAAGAAGCACCAAAUCAAAAAGCAAAAACGUAUGGAAAUCGCUCGACAUGCCGCCGAUAAGUGGAGGGGUACGAUAGAGAAACGAAAAACUCUGCGAGCAUCACUAGCCAUGCAACGUCAAUACAACGUUGGAUUGAACGCCAAUCCGGGCACAAUAAGUUUAGCAGUGGACAAGAAUCGUUAUCCGAAACUGGGACCGCGCGGUCCCGAACGAGCAUGGCCUGGCGAUACGGACAUUGUGCGGAAUCGUCGCUUAGACUUUAAGAAACCCCCACCACCCAGGUAUUCGUCGGCGUACACAACGGAUGUAUCACAUUUAAUUGUUUAAUGUUUCCUAUAUUAUACACACGACAGUGGCGGUGUUCUAUUCAUUACUAACAUUUGUGCAAUUUGAAUGCAUUUCAGUAGAGGAUUGUAUAUAUAUAAGCCAAAUUGAUGGAAAUUGAGAUGAUAUGCGGAGUAUGUUUAUUCGAGCGAAUGUUUGAGGUUCGUUCAUUGCGUCCAUCUAUUAAAACGCAUCAAUAAAUCGAAAUGAUGCUCUCUUAUAAAUUAAUUGAUUUUGAAUGAAAUUUGCAUUUCUGCGGAAAUUACGAAAAUAGAUGGAGCAGAUGCAAUCGACGAUACAGGGGCAUUAAUAAAAUGGUAAAUAAGCGAGAACUUCAAACAUUACCCGCCAAAAACCAAAGGAAGAUAAUGUAAAUAUUUUUGGGAAAUAUUUUUUAUGAAAAAUACCUAACACCAAUCGCAGUGUUAAGUGGGAAAACAGACGACGAGAAAAUUUAUUUAUAAAAAACAUUUCAAACAGAAAUUGAAAAGAAAAAAACAAACUGCCACCGUUAUAUUUAGAUGUAGAAGGUGAAAAUAUUUUCGAAAAUAUUUACAUGAGAAUAACGAACUUCACACUAAAACAAUGAGAAAACAUUAACCAGAGAAACUGUUACGUUGUUUCGUUUAACUUUUAUUUUUCGUUCGAUUUUAAGAGACAAAAAUAUAUGCCAAAAGUGUCAUUGUAUCAUAAUUAGAUUUUAGAAGAAAAAAAUAUUUAUUGAGAAUAUGGUUGUCUUAUAGGUGAAAAAAAAAAAAACAAAAGGAAUUUCUCACGAGGAAAAUUUUGUAUAUAAAAGAAACGGGGUUACCUAGACGUUUAUAGUUCUACGGUUUAUGUGGCAACAUAAAAUUUGAGGCUCGCAUGGGGUUCGGGUCGUUCCAAUUCAGGUUCGUGUUGAACCUGAAAUCAAAUAUUUUAGUAUCAGGUCAAAUUCCGUUCAAAGAGUCCCACUUCGGGUUGAAAUCCGGUUCGGAUUACCGUAGGACCGAACCGGACGCAUUCCAGGUAUUUUUUAAGUUCUUUUCAUAACUUUUUUAUGAUUGUGACGGAUUUAGUGGAAUUUUAGGGCGGCACGCCGGACUCUCAAAUUCUGUCUUAGAUCCAACAACAAGCUUACUUUUCACCAAAUAAAAUUGAAUUAUGGAAUUCUUCCAAUUAAAACCACUGUUGCCAAUCCAUAACUUAGCACAUCCGCUGAUGACACAUCAUACUACUCAACAGAGUUUUGUUUUAAACCAUAAGCAUAAGCUGCUGGAAUUUUUUUUUGGUUAAAUAUGAAGAGAAAUAUGUCUUUUCCGAGGUUAUUUGAGUUGUCAAACAGUCAUCCACGGCUACCGCGCCAUGUUACGCCUAAACACCCGUAUCGCAUUACUUGUUUGCUUUGGAGAGCUUUCGAAAUAUUUGAGCAUCUUUUGGAUUCCAUUGGAAAAGUGAAAUACAAAAAAACUUUAAUCUCGCAAAAGCUCUUUUAAAACGAAGACACAAAUGAAAUACUGUGUUUUUGGCUUUUAACACGGCAGACGGAGACAUAUUUGAAAAAGUAUUUUUCACGAAAGCUUUGAAGACUUGUGAAUAACAUCAUUUUCUGUCAAAAUAGUACAUUCCCGGCCGCAAAUACCUAACAAAGCACAGAAAGAUUGAACGUUUGACAGUAGUUUGCGUGUCUAAAUCCGUCGAAUUUCAGUCUUCCAGCGUAAAACACGUUUUUACAGUACGGUAUGGAAGAGACCUGUGGACGCUUCGCUGAAAUUGUAGUCUACACUCAAUUUUUUGUUUGAUUAGAGCCUUUCACUGCCAGUAACAAGUUCAGCCUGGAAUACCCGACUUUCGAACUGCCACGACUAGAAAUGGGCAAAUACUCUCUGCGGAAAGUUAGAUUCUUAAUUCAUAUUUCGCCUAAAUAUAGGCUAAGAAUGCGCACAAAUUCAUUGUAUUUUGUUUACGUCAUAAACGCGAGCAUAAACGAGUCAUUCAGUACAUCGUCGAAGCUCGAUGCUUGCCUGACUUGGGAAUCGAACCCAGAUCAUUUCGGCGGAAGUCCAGUAUGUAUCCACCAGGGACUAUUUUUGGAAAAACAUUAUCCCACUUUUUACAAAUUGUUCCUAAAUUUUCCCGCUUUCCCUCAAAACGUUUCUGUAAAAGAAUUUUUGAGAAAAUUGGGAAAAUGUGCGAAAAUCUUGGAAAAAUUGAGAAAAUAUUUUCCUGGAAAAAUCUUUGGUAACCAAUGAUCCAUCCAGUCGAAAAUGUGUUAGCUAUUCAAAACAAAUUGAUGCAUAGUGGUUAAAAGCUAGUCUGAUAAAAUCAAACUCGUAUUCAGUACUUAUAAGUACUACUUAUAGAGUCCUGAAUAAUUUCUCCAGCAAAGACGUUUCCUUUUAUCUUAUUUCAAAUCGUUGGCGUCAACAACUCAAUUUUUUUGCCUCUAACUCUAUAGACUAGUGUACCGAUGAAGAAGAUAUUCUAUAAAAUUCAUCUUCAGUAAUAAAGAAUGUUUCAGGGUCAACUGGGAACAUUAAUAAACAAAGAAAAAGCGGAAAUCAAUUCAAACUUGUCUGACUAAUAAAAUUAAAAUUCUUCACUAAAGUAGAACGUAGUGUAAAUGCACAAAGUAAGUAUAUAAGAAAGUAGGAAGCUUAAACGAAUUAAAACAGAUAAAAGACAAAUUUGAAGAUUUCCCCCGACAUUACGUUGAUUACUAUGUCCCGUUUGCAUCAAUCUACCUUUGCCGAACAGGUGCUUAAAUCUUUUGCUUUAAUUAGUCGGAUUGAAAGUACAGGAAUUGGAACACUUACGAAAGAAAUUAUUUAUAACAAAGACUUUUCUCCAACGAAAUGUUUCCCAAACUCUUGUCUCAUACGUCCCUAUUUUCAAUUAUGGUUGGCGAGUCUCUCUGGAAAAGCGCGUCACUUUUGUACGAAAAAUUACGUCGUUUUUCAGGGAGUUUCAUCUCCCGUGAUUUAAAACAGAGCUGCAAUGUGCAAUGGACAUGAGAUUUAAACUAGGUUGAAUAGUUUUUCCAUUGCAUUGCAUAAAAUGGCUUCCUAUGUCGAAACAGAAUGUAAUACUAAAUCACAUCCCUUCAAAGGGAAACCAUACCACAACGCCUCACACAACUCAUCCGUGAAUGUUCUCACAUAAAUGCAUUUUAGAAACAUGUGUAUCAAUGUGGCUGUUGUUUUACGAAAGAAUAUAAGAAUGAUAUAACAAAGAUCCAACACUGUCGAAUCCAUUGAUUUUAUUCAUUCCACAUUAGUACAACAUUAUGUAAUUUGUAUACGAGGGGCGGAUAAACUAUUAAACCUUCUGUCAACAA